AUGGAUAUCUCACAGGCGCAAUUCUCUGAGGAGGCGGUCAAGAUCAUCCAGGAGAUUGCCGAGAGUCAUUUCGUUGCUUUCGACUUGGAAUUCUCUGGUAUAGCUGGCCGAAGAUCGAACAACACCGGCAAGCUUACCCUCCAAGAGCUCUACCACGAUAUCAAGGCGGCUGCUGAGAAGUACCAAAUUCUUCAGAUUGGUCUGACUGUCGUUCAAGAAGAUGCCAAGCAAGGCCGCUAUGUCGCUCGAACAUACAACUUUCACCUCUCACCUCUUCCGGCUCUGAAAGAGCGCCAUUUCACCAGGGACUGGUCUUCCAACAGCGGCGCCGUUGGAUUUCUGUCAAAGUGCGGCUUCCGCUUCGACCUGCCCAUCACUGCCGGAAUUCCGUAUCUCUCGCGAAGAGAGGAGCAGAUAGCUCGUUUGAAAAUGAUCGCAGACAAUGCGCCCAAAACUUCCCUUCAGAACAUGGACGUCAAGCCUGUGGAUCAGCCACUCAUCGACCACAUCCGCUCUGCCACAGCAGCAUGGCUCGCUAAGCCUCUGGCGGAACGUGAAGAGUCUCUCAAUAUUCCCGGCAUAGCACCUGGUGUACCGCAAACACUGAAUCGCUAUCAAGCCCGCCUCACACAUCAGACUAUUCAGAAUGAGUUCCAAAGCCUACAAACCCAAGGUAUGGGACAUUUUGUUCGAGUUACUUGUCCAAGUGCAGAGCAGCACGCCUCUGCCCAGAAACUUCUGGCUCAAGAAAUGGAGAGGACCAUUGGUCAGGCUAUCGGUUUUCGGUGGAUUAUCGAGGCACUUGUCGGAGGCGAUCUUAGCAACCUCCCUGAGAAAUACUUGGUCCCAGCUCUCGCGAGCACGAGCCUAGAGGGCCAGUCUCCGACGGAGCUUAUUGCGAACCUCCAAGAGAAGUCACGCAAGCGCACCCGUGUUAUGAUUGGUCACAAUUGCUUCACCGACCUGGUGUACUUGUACAGCUGCUUCAUCGGCGAACUUCCCGACACGGUUGUCGACUUUGCCGACGAGAUUCACAUGCUCUGGCCAGGAGUUGUGGACACCAAGCAUAUCGCAUCCCUGGGAAACAGACGCUGGGGCAACACCUCUCUCGAUGAAGUCGAAGCAGAUCUAAGUUCUGAGAAAUAUCCUGUCAUUGAGAUCCCUCGAGGAUACGGCCGCUACCUGCACACCACGAGUAACCACGAAGCUGGAUAUGAUAGUCUACUGACAGCAAAUAUUGCCAUCAAAAUCCCUGCGAAGAUGGAGCGCGAGGACAAAUAUCAAGAGGCUAUUCGGACCGGUGCCUUCCAUUCGAUGCCUUCGGAGUUUGGUGCAGAUGACGUGGGCUACUACACAGCUACCGAGUCCAUGUCAAGCAGCCGGGCAAGCAGCGUCGAGCGCGACGGUAGUCGGCAGGGCACGCAAAAGGCAACCUCUAAGCCCCAAGUCAUUGGAAGCUCUCGCCGCACAAAAGCCGACAUGGUGAAAGCGGAUGUCGUCGCCGUGAAGGGCAAAGCUGGAACCCAACUUAAGAAGGUGAAAGUUCAGAAUUUGACAAAGAAGAUGCGUGAUGUCAACAUCUACGAAAUGCUCGAUAGCGAGUCGGACAUGAACACGGCGGCUAAGCAGGACGACCUGAUAUCCUUCAGUGACGAUGAAUUGAAUGAUCAAGAUGCAAACAUGUUUGUCUUGGUGAAGAAAGGUGAGUUGAUGCCAAGAUGGUCCUCGGACUUCUGGAAGCUUUUCGGCAACAGGCUUCAGGUCAACGGCAGCAGGGAGGGUGUCUGCAACCUCAACUAG